AAAAGAGUUUGCGACGUGUGAACCCCAGCGGCAGGUCCGUAGCAUCCCCGACGCCUGACGCCCACAAGUCGAUCGCCGCCCCUCUUCCGCGGACCUCUUCCUCCAGCCACAGCACUUCUUCGAGCAUGGAAGGAUACCCUCCUUCGUUUCCUCGAGGAACCACGAACAUGACCAACCCGAUGAACCCCAACACGGGCAGCACGGGCGCUGCGACUGCGAGCGCGACCAACAAUGGCACUGCGAUCUCGAUUCCGCGCAACGACGGCAAUGGCGCCUCCAGCGCAGGGUCCAACACGAACGCGCCGACGAACCAAUCGGUCGCGAGCCUCCAAAGCGGUCCGUCGCUCAUGGGCCAUGGCAUGGCCGGCAACAUGGGCCAGAACCAUACGCCUGCGCAUCCUCUGCACGGCGCGCAUCCGCACGCACACCAGCACCCGCUGCAUCACCCGCUGCCUCUUCCUCGCAACCAGCCGCAGGCACAGCCUCAUCACAUCAUGGCGGCGAUGCCGCCGCAGGCGAACCAGCGCCGUGGGCUUCCCCCGCCGCCGUUCGCGACGCAGCCAAUGCUCCACCCGCCGUCGGACCGCGACGGACAGCCGUACAACUACUUUCCAGGCCUUGCGCGCCCUGUGCCGGGUGGUCCGCCGACGCAGCCGCCGCCGCCUGCGAACCAAGCGCCCCAGCAGCCACCCAACAAUGCUCAGGGUCCACCGCGGCCGCUCCGAGAGCUCCGCGUCGAGGACGCCUUGCUCUACUUGGACCAGGUCAAGCAGCAGUUUGGGGACCAGCCCGACGUGUACAACCAGUUUUUGGACGUUAUGAAGGAGUUCAAGUCGCAGACCAUUGACACGCCGGGCGUCAUCCAGCGCGUCUCGGAGCUCUUCAAGGGCCACCCCAACUUGAUCUUUGGCUUCAACACGUUCUUGCCGCCGGGCUACCGCAUCCGCCCCGAGCACCUCGGUCUCUACUCGGCGGACCCGCGCGACCGUGGCUUUAGCGCGCCGCCCGGCAACGACGGCAACCCCGCGCCGAUGGGCGGCCUCGUGCUGCGUCCGGCGCCAUCGGCCACCGGCAACGGCCCCGCGUCGUCGCUGCCGUCGAUCAACCCGCCGACGCAGUCGAGCAACGCGCCGCUCUCCAACUUGGGCAUUCGACCGCCGCCCGUCAACAUUCCUGGCGGCAAUUCCGCGAGCAAUACCGACCAAAUGCUCGUGGCGCCCGUGCCGUCGGCCGCCAACACGACGCCGUCGCACCGCCUCACGGACGCUGCCAAGAAGGCGGUGCCGGCCAAGCGCGGGGGCGCCCCGGCCACGCCGGCGCCCGCGCCGCCGCAGCCGGUCGAGUUUGACCACGCGAUCUCGUACGUGACGACGAUCAAGAAGCGCUUUGCGGACGAGCCCGAGACGUACAAGGCGUUUCUGGAGAUCCUGCACACGUACCAGAAGGAGCAAGGGUCGAUCAAGCAAGUGCUCGACCAAGUGAGCUACCUCUUCCGCGACCACCCCGACUUGCUGCGCGAAUUUACGUUCUUCCUCCCGGACGCGGUCCAAGACCAAGCGCGCGACCGGCUGCACAAGGCAGCCGAGCGGGCGCAGGCGCGCCAGCUCAAGCUCCAAAUGACGUCGGGCAAGGAGAAGAAAGUGGGCAAGAAGAAGGACAAAAAGGAGUCGCCGCCGCAAGUCGCAAGCCCGAAGAAGCCCGAGAGCACCAAGCCGAAAGAGAAGGACAGCGCGCGCGACCGCAACAAGGCCGCGUACGCACUCAAGCGCAAGCAGGCCAACAAGGGCGACGCCAAGGAGCGUCGCGAGCUCCUCGCAGUCAGCAACACGCUCAUCGACAAGGAGGAGUGGAGCAUCUUUGAAAAGAUCAAGAAAUGCUUGCCGUCGCGCGACAACUGGCGCGAGUUUCUCAAGUGUCUCGAGCUCUACAGCCAAGAGAUUGUCGGCCGCGACGACAUGAUUGUGCUCGUCAAGAACCUCCUCGGGCGCCAUACCGACGUGGUGGCCGAGUUUACGCAGCUCCUCCACACGCACGGCGAAGUCAAGGACCAGCACGAGAUUUGGCCGUUCAUUCCGCUCGCCGAGACGGACUUGAGCCAGUGCCGGCGCGCGACGCCGAGCUACCGCGCGCUGCCGUCGAGCUACCCGAUCCCGCCGUCGUCGUCGCGGUCCAAGAUGGAGCGCGCAGUCUGCAACGACGCGUGGGUGAGCGUCCCGACGGGCUCGGAGGACUUUUCGUUCAAGAACAUGCGCAAGAACCAGUACGAAGAAGCGCUCUUCAAGUGCGAAGACGAGCGGUUCGAGAUCGAUAUGGUCAUUGACGCGAACGCGUCGACGAUUGCGAUCUUGACGCCGCUCGCAAAGGAGAUUGAGACGCUUGCGGCCACGUCACCGACCGGCUGGCAGUACGUGCUCGACAAGGGCGCGCUGCGCGUGACGCACCUCAACGCGAUCACGCGCAUUUACGGCGAGGCCGGGCACCAAAUUCUCGAGCUGCUCCGCAAGCACCCGGCCGGUGCAAUUCCGGUGAUUCUCAAGCGCCUGCUGCAGAAGGACGAAGAGUGGCGCCGUGCGCGGCAGGACCUCAACAAGCAGUGGAAGGACGUGAACGAGAAGAACUACCACAAGUCGCUCGACCACUCGUCGUUCUACUUUAAGCAAAAGGACAAGAAGGCCACGAGCGCCAAGGCGUUGCUCGCUCAUGCCAAGAAGACGCUCGAGACCAAGACGGUCGAGGCGCUGACGAUGCCGGCCGCCAAGAUCCACAAGGACGCGUUUGGCCUGCUCACGUACGCGGCUGAGAAGAACCUCUCGGUCUCGGAGAAGGAGAAGGUCUCGAAGCUGUGGCAUUCGUUCUUCUGCCCGUUCUUCCACCUCGACGAGGCGUGGCUCCAGCGCAAGCCCGUGCUGGCCAACGUGACGGUCGACUCGACGAACGGCGUCCGCGUCGGCACCGAGGUCGUCACGGACUUUGGCGAAGGCGUCGUCCAGGCCUUUGACGCGGCGCGCAGCAUUGCGACCGUGACGCUUCCGAUUGGCACGGCGUAUGUGCACAGUGACGCGCUGAGCGUCACGGAGGUCGGCGACUUUCCGCCCAACAUUGGCGUGGCCGACGAGGCUGAGAACUUGGACGCGGCGUCGUCGGUGUUUUACGGCAACGACACGGCGUAUGUGUUUCUUCGGCUGUACCAGCUUUUGCACUCGCGCCUCGAGCAAGCGCGGGAGCUCUGCGAGAAGGCGAAGCGCAACCGCAACCGCCGCACGAUCAACCCGGCGGCGCGGGCGCUGGCCCACGCGCACCACCUCCAGAACGAGGCGCCCGAGAUGACGGGCGACUACUCUGCGUUUCUCUCCAAGCUCUACGCGCUCCUCGACAACUCGAUCGACAAUACGCGCUUCGAAGACUGCUGCCGGAGCCUCAUGGGGUCGAGCUCGUACUUUUUGUUUACGCUCGACAAGCUCGUGCAGCACUUGCUCAAGCAGAUGCAGCACAUGGCCAACGACGAGACGUGCUCGGAGCUCCAGUCGCUCUUUGCGAACGCGCACGCGUCGAACGAGGCGUACUUUACGCAGGCCAAGGGAAUUUACGAGCGCGACGGCGAAGGCGCCUACUGCCUCAAGUUCCACUCGGGCGUGCUCCGCCGCACGCCGCUCGAGAAGAAGACGAGCGCGGAAGCCAGCAGCGCGUCGCACCUCUGGGCGCCGUCGCCCCGGACCAAGGCCGAGCCCAACAAGUGGCUCGUCGAGCCGACGCUGUCGCUCGAGUACCUCGGUAAUAUGGUGGAUGGCGACAAGCAGGACGACGGUACGAACGAAGAGGACUCGUCGCCGCCCGAGACGCCAGUCGCAACGCCCGUGCCCACGAGCCCCAUCAAGACGGAGGAAGAUGACGAUAUGAUGGACGACGAGAGCGGCAACGACGCCGACUCGACGGCCGGCGACGACGACGAAGACAUGGCCGACGACGUGCCGACGAGCAAGAAGCGACCGGCGCCGACGGCCGACGACGACGAAGACGCGGACGAGGACGAGGACAUGGACGACGACGGCGAGGCCGCGCCCAAGAAGCUCAAGACGGACGACGAGUAAUGGCCAUGUGGCGUGUGUAUAUAUCUAAGAAGAUUCAUAAGAAGAACCUGCGUCCUUUCCCCGUGC